AUGGUCUACGGCCUCACCUAUCGGCGGCCUGCUCAUGUUCCCCCACCAUCGCGUGAUUCGAUCAGUGGGGAGGAAAAGCAGAAGUCAAUCGAUCACUCGAUAACUUCGUCCAGCUCUGGAAUGUCGCACGGCAUACCCGAUGCGCUGUCCUUCGAUAGAAUCCUCGCCGGCGGCGUGUGCCCGCCCUGCACUGUCCGGGACUUCAUCAAUUACCUCAAGUACAUAGAGCACGCUGCAGAGAACCUCCAGUUCUUCCUCUGGUAUCAAGACUACUGCCAGCGGUUCGACGCGCUACCUGGAAGUGAAAGAACCUUGUCGCCGGAGUGGACGGUAGCCCAGGCCGAGGCGGAGGCAUUAGCAGCUCAGACAACGACCAAGCCGGUUAAGGUCAGCCCUGCUGCCGCCGCCGCGUUCAAAGGCACGGAUUUCGACAGCACGCCGAAGAUCACGGACUCAGAAAAGACAAAUCCAUUCUACACCCCUCCGAGGACGCCAUCGGACGACUCGAGGCGUGAUAUCGGUUCCGCUGGCUCAAACAACGAUUCACACACAGAUUGGUCAACUGGGAAGACCGGCUUCACCAAAAAGGCGGAGGGUGCGUUCGAGGACGCUGGUCUGAAAUGGCAACCAUUCACCGUCCAGCCAUAUCGCGAGGAGAUCAGCAGGAUCAUCACCAUUUACAUCGCUGACGGCGGUGCCCGUCAGCUCAACCUGUCAGCGAGGGAGCGCAAUGCGCUCCUCCACGCCCUGGAAAACACGACACAUCCUUCAGCCUUCCGCGACGUCAUUUCAACCGUUGAAUGGUCUCUACGUUGCCAGGCGCAUCCCAACUUCAUCCGCUGGACCAUUUGCAACGGCAACCGUUCUCGAGUCAUCUUCGCUCGUGGUCUUGGUGUCGGCGGCAUCGUUGGCGGUCUCAUCGCCGCUGUCCUCAUCACCCUCAGCAGCGCCAGCCGGCCGUGGCGCAUUCUCUCAUUUCUCGGUUUCUUCAUCGGUAUUGCCACUCUGGUAGCUGCCUGGAAGGGCAUGUGUGUGGUUCUGCACGGCAUGCACCAUCGUCAUCUGCGUCCUUGGGAGCUCUUCGCUACCGACGACGAGCCGCAAGAGAUGGACCUGAAAAAGGAAUCCUUCGAGAGCAUCGGCUCGAGCAACAGCUGGGAAGACGAGCCGUGGGUUGCCAAGUACGAGAAGCGCAAUAUUGUCCGCAAGGUCUUCGACCGCGAGGUCUGGAUCCAGGAGCCCGCUCUUCGGCAGAUUCAGGACACCAUCUUUCUACAGGCUAUCCUCGCCGCUUUCCUCCUCUCGGCUGUUAUUGUCGGCAUCUUCUGUGCAUUCCCGAGUGGCAGAUUUUACUAA